CGAAUAAGGGAAAUUAACUAUAUCAUAAUUCUAAUGUGGAUUUCUCCUUCAGUAAAAUUGUUGUCAUCGUACAGUAAUUUUAUACUGAAAUUGCACGAUAGUCUUGAUCGACGUUUCAUGGCUGUAAACAUUCACAACGAGAGUUAAGAAACAGUGGAGUAAAAAUGGUAAUAGUCAUUGGUCUUGAAGGAAGUGCCAAUAAAAUUGGCAUUGGUAUAAUAGAGGAUGGCAAAGUUCUUGCAAAUCCCAGAAAGACAUAUAUUACACCACCUGGACAAGGAUUUAUUCCUCAUGAUACAGCUAAACAUCACCAGGCUCAAGUAUUAGAUGUUCUGCACCAAGCCCUUUCGCAAGCUAAUGUCAAACCUCAGGAUAUUGAUGCCAUAGCCUAUACAAAAGGUCCUGGGAUGGCAGCACCCCUAAUCAGUGUAGCAGUUGUUGCUAGAACAAUAGGACAGUUAUGGGAUAAGCCUAUUGUUGCUGUAAAUCACUGCAUAGGACAUAUUGAAAUGGGCCGUCUUGUCACUGGGGCAGAUAAUCCCACAGUUCUUUAUGUAAGUGGUGGAAAUACACAGAUUAUUGCAUAUUUAGAGAAAAGGUAUAGAAUUUUUGGGGAGACCAUUGACAUGGCGGUAGGGAAUUGUUUAGACAGAUUUGCCCGUAUUUUGAAGUUAUCAAAUGACCCAAGCCCAGGCUAUAACAUUGAACAAAUGGCAAAGAAAGGUAAGAAGUAUUUCCCUUUGCCUUAUGGUGUUAAAGGCAUGGAUGUUUCAUUUUCAGGCAUGCUCACAUUUCUUGAAGAACGUACAGAGAAGCUCCUGAAAACUGGACAGUAUACUAAAGCUGAUCUUUGCUUUUCUCUGCAAGAAACUGUGUUUGCAAUGUUAGUAGAAACUACUGAACGAGCAAUGGCCCAUUGUGGAUCCCAGGAAGUCUUGAUCUGUGGCGGGGUUGGUUGUAACCUCAGGCUUCAAGAGAUGAUGAGUAAAAUGUGUGAGGAAAGAGGUGGUAAAUUGUAUGCAACAGAUGAAAGCUUCUGUAUAGAUAAUGGAGCCAUGAUUGCUCAAGCUGGAUAUUUAAUGUUUAAGUCAGGCAUAAGAACACCAUUGGCUGACACAUGGGUCACUCAGAGAUACAGGACAGAUGACGUCCCAGUUACUUGGCGUGAUUGAUGUUUAUGGAACCAAAGGCUUUGAUAGGUUACAUGUGAAACAAGUUUGUGAUUUCUGAUGUGUUUAAGUUGUGAUAAGAUCCUAAUUGUUGUUAAAGAGUUUUUAAUGAAAAUAGAAAGUUAGAA